CCCGAAUGUGCCGUUCCCAGCCCCAUCAACUUCGGUAUUUACACCCAAAUCUCCUACUCUGUGGUUCUCCGUCACUAGGCCGAAAGUCGGUUUGUAUAACUCAAGCUAUACGCUGUCUCCCAAGCCAUUUCUUUGUCGCCUUGUCGGAGAGUGUUUGCUCAGAAAGAAGCCAAUUUCCAUAAGUAGAACCUCAAAAAACGCGCCACUGAUCCCAUCCUCAUUCAGCUCAAAAGAUUCCGAAGAUGAGCACGUCCACAACUCCUCAGGGAGAAAUCAAACUGGCCAAGCGAGCAUGUACUGAAUGUCGACAGCAAAAGGCCAAAUGCGAUGCCUAUCUCGACCCAGACAAUCCUUGCUCACGAUGCCGCAAGAUGAAUCGGAAAUGCACUGUGUCCGAGCCUUUCAAACGGGAGCACAAACGCAAGCGAAUAUCCGAACUUGAAUCGCGCACCGAUGAACUACAGGAGAGACUCAAUUCAUCGGGCCGACGCGAUUCUUCCGCCCUCUCAGAACCAACGUGGAAUGCGGUCGACACCAAUGGUACUCGAAACGCCGACAAUGAGAGUCGACUUGCUUCAGUUGCUCCUUUUUUCAGAGACGCGAAUAUCGCUCCAGUCUCUUACCGCUCGUUCUCUCAGGCUGCCGAAACUCUCCAGACGCCGGAAAGUAUACCACACGAUCAGGCAGGUUUGCCCACGCUAUCCAGGGUCCUCGAAGGGCAGACAGUUGACGCUAGAGAUAUUGAUGCGACAUUCCGGAUAUACUUCCGGGACUAUGCAAAUCUCAUGCCUAUCCUCGAUCCUUCAAUGACUCCCAACGCAUGCUACGCUCUUUCACCUGUCCUCUUCUGGGUUAUCGUCGGAGUCGGCUGCCGGACAUAUUCUAAUAAUCCUACCUUACUCGGUGUCCUACCCUCGAAAAUCAAAGCCAUGGCUCUUCUCUCCGUCAAUGGGAAUAUCUCUCUACCUAUGGUUCAAGCCUGGAUGAUUCUCUUGUACUGGCCGUUUCCCAAAUCCAACACUGGACAAGACAUGGUCUUCCCUAUGAGCGCUGCCCUGUUGCACAUGGCCAUGCAGCUUGGCUUGCACCUACCCUCAUCUGGUCAGGAAUUCAGCAAAGUUCGCCUCAAGCUAAGCGAAGAGGAAACAAAGAAGAGAGCAGCGACUUGGGGAUAUUGUAUGCUCAUAUAUCAGCGUGCGUGCUUGGGUAAGGGCAUGCCGGCAACGCCAAUCCUCGACACCCCCCAUGACCAAGAACAAAAACGAGCACUCUUUCAAGACAUGACUCCAAGACUCAAAUUCGAGCUCAAACUUCAAGAUGUAGUGACGAGAUGCUCAAUCGCGGUGUCACAAAAUGGUGUGCGGACCAUGUCCGCCGACCAGGAACGUUCGUUGGACACUUUACUGGGCGUAUUUCAAGCUCAGAUCGCCAGUGUCGGUCUCGAGUAUGCAUCAGAUUUGGAUCGACUCUACGUCCACCUCGCAACACAAAGUAUCCAAGCAUACAACCUCUACAAAUCCCCUUCGGCGCAGGAUCCCACCUCCCUCUACGACCUCUGUGUUACGUGCUGCCAAGUGAUUGAAAGUUUCGACACCCUCGACAAGACCGGACAAAUCUCCCUUCCUGCUGCUCCAAUCACCUUCUACUAUGGUCUCAUGUGGCCAUGCCAUAUUCUCCUACGCCUUCUCAAAACCUCCUUUUCACGCUACAUCAACGUCGAUAGGGCUCGAUCUGCGCUCUUUGUCGGUAUUAGUCUGCACAAGCGACUUUCAUUACAGAACGACGAUAUCCCCGCUCGGAAUGGAGUCGCAUUAACUCAACUGUGGAACAGUGAUAGAGUCUUUCACAAACCAGAUGGUACAGAGAUGGUGUCGCUACGCGUCCGAAGUCGUCUGGUCGGUAGUGUCCUCCUGGACGGAAUUGUUUGGUGGCGAGAAGAAUUCGGUGCAUUCAUGGGUGUUUAUCCACCGCCGAUCGGGGAUAAUAAUCGAGGUAGUACGGACUGCCCCUCGCUGUGGCUUCUGAUUUGUGACACUGUCAUGACAUGAUCUCUUCUUUCCCCUUGCAUGAAUAUGUCCCAGCUAACGAAAAUCAAUGUAUUUUAGGCCUUGCUCCCACUGCGACCGAGAAUAACACAACGCCGAACGGAGGAAGUACCUUGUACGCAGCGCCGAUGGGCAGUGGUGCCUCAUUGAAGCCUGACUAUGCUAGUUUUAUGGAUGAUCCGAUGUUGGCGGAGUUUGGAUGGCCUUCUGGUGAAGAUAUCUUUUCAACGUUUUGGGCCGAUGAUUCGCUUGCAGGUGUUUGAAAAAUUUCCUGUUUAUCUCCAACACGCACACCAAGGAAAAGGUGUCGGAUUCUCAUCUCUCAGAUGCUGUGAAUUGUACUAUUAGUUUGGAUUGGUAUGGUUAUGGACUUAUGAUGAGCGUGCUGCGAGAUGCCCGAGCUUCGAAACCUGCCAGACAUUGAUUGAUCUCUGCAAGCAACUUCGUGACCUAUGAAGCAUGAAGACGAACAAGGAUAGGGCCCCCGGGCAGAGCAGCGCAGCGCUGGCACACAUGGUGACGAGUCUGUUGAAUGGUGGUAUUUCGGAAUUAUUCAGAACUGAGAUACAACGAAAUCAUUAAAUGAGAGAAAAAGGACGAUUUCUUUUUCCUGCUGAUGACUCUCGUCUGCACCCUCUCCUUGGU